UCCAACAGGUGUCAUCCACCAGCCGAAGGAGCGCCUGGAGAAAGACGGGCGAACUGGACCGACCGUUCCGCCCGUGUGCCUCCAGUGAGACGGAGAAAGGUGACAACCGAAGCCCUCCCGUCAUUUCUCCCUGAAAGGAGGAAGAGGCUCCCGGUGGUGGAGGAAGGGGGAGGCGCUGACUGACAUCCCCCACGGGACAGGGCCGCCCCGCGCCGCGCCGCGCCGCUAACAGGUGUGCCUGACGAGGACGCGCCGCUCAACCGCCCCGGUGCGUCCCGGUUCCGCCUUCCUGCCACAUCUGCAGGGGUCCGGAGCGAGGCUGCUGGGCCAAGGAGUUCAGCGGAGGCAUCCCGGCGAGAGCUUGGUGCUUUGCUGCUUUAUUCGCGGCUGGUGCGUAAACAGCAGAGAGGAGGAGGAGGAGGAGGAAGAAGGAGGAGGCGGCUGGGUCCAAAUUAUGGCUCAUUCCCCCUCGGAAAUUGAAGCAAUUUCUGAGGAUGAUAGUCGGGAGCAUUUCACGGGCUAGAACCCAUUUUAUUGCCUGAGAACAACCCGCUCCGGACGGACUUCCACAGUUUCUCAGUUGGACUCGAACCAAAUUCCUAGAAAUUGGCCGUCACGUCAAAGUGGGUCAUCUGUUAUUUCUACUAUGGCAACGAGAAAAUGCGCCGUGGGCUCGGUCCCGAUCUCCUCCUCCACCACCACCACCAAGCUGCAGACCCAGACCCAGCACAGCAGCCGGAGUCCCGCUGGAGCCGACGGGGCACCGGCCGAGGCGGCGGAGAUGGUCGGGGAGUUCCGGGACUGGUGCCUGAAGACGUACGGGGACUCCGGCAAGACCAAGACGGUGACCCGGCGCAAGUACAACAAAAUCCUCCAGACGCUCCUGCAGGAGGGCGAGGAGGACGGCGGGGCGCCGCAGCAGCAGGAGAGAGAGGCGGCCGGCCACCACAUCAACGCCAAAUUCAAGUUCUGGGUCAGGUCCAAGGGCUUCCAGGUGGGCCGGAGCGGGCCGGCGGACGGGCCGGUGCUGUACGUCCCAAUCAAAGCCACGAGCGUGGACGGCGUUUCCGGUGGAGACUCGUCCCUGAAGCGGGUGGCGGUGGUGGAGGAUUUCUUCGAUAUAAUAUAUGCCAUGCACGUUGAGAUCGGCACCGAUCCUGGAAAAACACCCAAACACGCGGGUCAGAAGAAGACAUACAAAGCAAUAGCCGAGACGUACGCCUUUCUGCCCCGGGAGGCGGUGACCCGUUUCCUGAUGAGCUGCGGGGAGUGUCAGAAGAGGAUGCACAUCAGUACCACCGCACAGGAUUACAAAGAAAACAACAGACCCGCCUCUCUGGCUCCGGAGGCGAUAGACUUCAACGUGCCUCUCACCACCACCUACAUGAAACAGAUGAAGCUGCACUUGAUGAGCAACAACAACCAGGAUGACAGUUCACUGAGCAGUGAGGAGGAGGCAGAGAUGAGCGAGCCCACGUGGCUAGCACCGGAUCUGGGAGCAGUAUCGGACCUGAGCCCAGUGAGCCGUGGGGAGAGGAUGCGCCAUAGUCCCCAGAACAUCCACAGCAAGGACGACGACGAUGAUUCGUCGUCAGAAAGCGGCAGUGGGAACGGCCUGCCCGCCCUGACCCCGCCCACCUCUGCUGUGACGGACGGUGCCAUGGUCCGGGAAACGGGGGUCGUCAACGGCAGCGGUGGCUCCGCCCCGCUGGACUUCAGCAGGCCGACCUCUUCCUCCUCGUCGUCCGAGGACCAGCAGCCGGUGAACCUGAGCGAGCCCCCCCCUCAGCGCCUGCCCUUGUCUACCUCACACCUGCCCAUCACCGUCUCGGCGGCGGCUGCAGCGCUGCUCGGCGCUCUGCAUCCCAACGCACCCGAGGAGCUGCGGAGGAAGUACCCGCUGGCCGCCAAACCUCCCCUCGCUCCGCUUCCGGCCCUGCCUCUGCCCCACGCACACGCCCCCAGCACGCACGCUGCAGAGCUGCGGCUGGACCGAGACGGCAGGGACUACGGCAGCAAGUCCCCACAGUACAGCUCAGGAGGCAGCUACGACAGCAUUAAGAUGGAGCUGAGCGCAGAAGACCUCACAAUCGGGCGCCAUGGCACCCAGGUCGCCCCCGACGACGACGACGAUGACCACGACGACCACGACGACAACGACAAGAUCAACGACACAGAGGGCGUCGACCCUGAGAGAUUAAAGGCCUUCAAUAUGUUUGUUCGUCUGUUUGUGGACGAGAACCUGGACCGGAUGGUACCGAUCUCCAAGCAGCCCAAGGAGAAGAUCCAAGCCAUCAUCGAGUCCUGCAGCAGACAAUUCCCAGAAUUCCAGGAACGGGCCCGCAAGCGCAUCCGCACCUACCUCAAAUCCUGCCGACGCAUGAAAAAGAACGGCAUGGAGACCCGCCCGACACCACCGCACCUCACCUCCGCCAUGGCUGAAAACAUCCUGGCUGCCGCCUGCGAGAGUGAGUCACGCAACGCCGCAAAGAGGAUGCGUCUGGAGGUCUACCAUGAGGAGCAGAUAUCCCUGGAGAAGCCGUCCAGCGGCGGUGGCGGCGGCGCUCUGCGGGAGCCCGUGUCCCUCGCUCAUUCUGCCUACUCCUUGGCUGCAUCAGCCUUCCCCUCCCAGGACACGCAGCUCUACAUCAACGGCGCCGGCCUCAGCUACGGUUACCGUGGAUACCCGGGCCUGAGCGCUGCCAUUCAACACCCCGUCUCCCUGACGACCGGCGCCGCCGCGCAGAGCAACGGUCCCACAGACCUCAGCAUGAAGUCUCUCUCCUCCGCCAACAUCAGCUCCUCCUCUUCCACCGCCACCACCAACAACAACCUCAGCGGGCGGGGCGGCGGAGGCGGGGGCGGAGGGGGCGGGGCUUCCGCGCAGCUCAGCCAACCGGAGAUCACAGCCGUGCGUCAGCUGAUCGCGGGUUACCGGGAGUCGGCGGCGUUCCUGCUUCGUUCGGCCGACGAGCUGGAAAACCUCAUCCUGCAGCAGAACUGAGGCGGAGCGCGCACACACACACACACACACACACACACACACACACACACACACACACACACACACACACACACACACACACACACACAUGUUAUGCUUGUUCAGUGUCGGCUCGGCCUGUCAUGAACUCCAGACCUCCUCUCGUCUUUCUUGUCCCACCUGCGAUUCCGAUUCGUCGUCCUCCGUCUGCCGUCUCUGCUGAAAUGCGGCUGUGGACGGGAAAUCUGGAACCUCAUACGUAUAAAAAGAGGAAAAAGAAAACCAGAAGAAGAAGAAGAAUCUCCCCACAACGAACCAGUCCUGCUUGUGGGAACUAAUUUGUGCAGGACAACGAGGAGCAGGUAGCUUGGACUCCGGAGGAGCUCGCUCCUCACAAUCAGCUGUACAGAGGAUGUGGAGCAGGAGGAACGACUGAUGAUCCUGAAAGAAAACGUCCAGAUUUCAGUAGAAACGGGAUUUCUUUUUAUUUUCCAGGGAUGUUGUUGAAGCUCUGAUCAUUAACUACUUAAACUAAUAUCUGAUGAGUCCCAGAUUGACUUUUUUUUUUUUUUUUAAAUGAGCAGCUGCAUUUGUUUGCUUCUUUAAUUAAUUAAUUAAUUUCUCAAAAGUCCGCACCAGGAUUCCUGAAACCCCCAGAGAAAGUAAGGAUGGAUCCCGGUGAGAGAAACCUUUUGAUUUGGGAGGAGAAAGGUUUAUUUUUGGUGUCUGUUCUUUGAGCUUGCUUGUACAUAUUUCAGCACUUUUCUCUCUCCUCAAACCUCCCGGCUCACUGUUUUUACCCAGGGAGCAACUUGCUACUUACUUAUGCAUCCAAGACGCCAUAGUUUUGAGCACCAGGAAUUACCUCAGAUCACACCUGCCGACUCUGCUCUACGUUCCCUCGCGUCCCCGACCGCAAGCUAGUUUACUCCGACCCCCCCCCCCACUCGCUGAACACUGAACUUUUGGUUCCUCUCUGCGGGUCCGUUGGCGUGCUGCUGUACAUAACCGGUUUAUCUUUGAAAACUUGAAGAACCCGAGCGAAAGCCGGCAGGAGUGUGCGUCUGUGCGAGAUAGUUUAGUCCUUAAAGGGGAGAAAAGGUGUGUGUGUGUGUGUGUGUGUGUGUGUGUGUGUGUGUGUGUGUGUGUGUGUGCCGAGGGGACGGGGAGGAAGGGGUAUUUCCUGAAUCCUUUCUCCUCUCCUAACAAACACCUCAGCAUCAUCUGGUUAAAUAUACCUCCUCCUUCCCCUCCUCUCCACCUCCUUUUCGUGGACCUACACCUCCUCCUCUUGGUCUCGGGGCCCCGGCUUCGUGGGACAGAGGAGAGGGGCGCUCUCUCUCUCUCUCUCUCUUUCUGUGUUUUGUCUUUUUAAACUCUGAAACGGCCAUUACUAUUGUUAAUGUUGUUGCUGUUAUUAUUAUUAUUAUUCCUACUAUGAUAAUUAUAUGAAUUUCAUGUCGCCGCUGCUAUUGAGAAACCGGACCUUCUGCCACAGACCUGAAACCUCAGCCUGGCCCUGUGGAGACCACCGGGACUCUGUUUGCCCCCCCGGUCUCACCCUGACGGGCCGACUCCUUUUUGCUUCAUAGGGCUUACUUCAUGCUUUCAUGCUGUGUUUGUGACUUUCUAACUGUGAAUCUCUGUGUUUUUUUUUUGUUUUUUUUUGCCUUUACGUCUUAUUGUUCCUGUAUUUCUUCCUCCGGGGGAAGUUCUGCAGCCUAGAUACAACUCUCUCCGUCAGAACCUCAGACACUCCAACCUGUUAAUGCUUCAGAUCGGCCUUGAAGGCCAAAAAAACGGGGCGUGGCUCAUUGGUUCAGAACAGGGUCUGAUGGGGGGCAUAAAGUGACAACGGUUUGGUUUGCAAGGAGCUGGCACGUCUCAGAGAGAGCGUUAGAGGUCGCAUGAAGACUAAACUAAACUACAAAUUUGUCUAAACUGCAACGUCUGUGCAGCUUCUGGUCCUUCUGCACAUGAUGGCACCUCUUCUGCCCUCUUCUGCCCAUUUCUACAUGCCGGCUCCUCGGACGGGCGCUGAAUCCCUGAGUUACCCAUCGCCGGUCUGCGUGUGGACCAGGUCGUGCCUAAUUUGGGCCGUUCCUCUGAAGCUAUUUAAGGUUUGAUUAAGCCACGGCGGGUCUUGUUGCUCUUCCAGGUAAAACAUACAGCCGGUUUACUCCCGUUUCACGUCUCUGCAAAGAUAAGCGCCACGCUUUAUGGGCUCAGUUGUCGUUGACUGUCCGAAAUAAGAGCUCCGUCUCAGAAUGAAGGUAUUUCCCAAAGUAUAAACUUAUUUGGAUCAGUGGGUCGGACGGAAACUACCAGAGGAGCAGUUGUACCCUUAGCGUCCGUUAGCUUGACCUGAAGCUGGCUGGUGUCUAAGUCUGAAGUCAAAGCUGCUCGGCCUAAAAAAAACACUUUAUAAGGCCUUUGGGGAUAAUAUGUAACGUUAGCAACAAGUAGCUUUAGUUUGCUCGUGCAAAAAAACAGCUAAGUUAAUGUUCUGCUGCAUUUUUUUGAAGUUUGUUGACUUUAGCCGUGAUGCAUUCAGGUCGCGUUGUUAAAUUUGGCUUUUUGGUUUAAUGCCGCUGUGGUUAUUCACUCAUUCUGUUGCACAGUGAGCCCGACAUCAGCGAUCCGUCGUGUUAAACGGGAGGUUCCUAAGGUUGUGUGAGUAAAGCUUUUCCUGGAGAGAACACCCCCCCCCCCCUUUAAACCUGCUGGAGAAACUUGUUUUUUAGGCACGCAGUUGAUAAUCAUAGAAAAUGUUUGCCAUAUGCUUUCUUUCUUUCUUUGUUUGUUUGACAGGCAGCGGGUAGUGGCAGUCCUUAAUUUAAGGCUCUUUUAUGGGGAAUUACAGAUGAUUAUGUUCAGAAGAGGGGAGGAUUGCUUUCAGUGCACUUAUCUGUGAGUGGAAAACUUGAGGAAACUUUGCAAAAGUGAGAUCAGGUUAGAAGGAGAGCGAAAGAAAGAAAUGUGCUGUUAGUUCUGACAUUCUGUGCUACAGAAUAUGGAAGAAUCCACCAGGGCGUUUAAAACCGUGUAGCAGAAAUCCUACAUAACAGUUAAUCAUCCUGGUGUUUCAGUGGGAUUUUUUAUAAAAAUUUUUUUUGAAAGUUGCUGCUUUGGUGGAGAAUCUGGUUUGGCCACAGCCAAGGUGGAAUAGUUGGGAAAAGUAUUUUUACCGCUUUUUCCAACCUCUCCUUCUUCACACCGGAUGAAGAAACCGCUACGUUGUGUGACGCAUCCGAGCGCUGUUGGCUGGAAAUCUGCACGGUGGAAGAUGGCGCCCCACGAUGCUACCACCGCGGGUUUUACAAUCGCAUUUCCACAACCUUGUCAAGCUCUGGUGUGAAGUAAAGGUCGUCUGAGCCAACCCGGUAUGUAAUCCUGCUGUCGGAGGUCAGCCGUCUCAUCGAGAGCGUUGAUAACGUGCUUAGAGAGCAACCGGCACGCCGUGGCACGAUGUGGGUGUGUCUGCAGGGUAGGUUGAGCUUAGGGUACGAUUCUGCUGUGAAUCGACGCCCGCUGGGCUAGUUCUGCUGCAACCAGGCCCGCCACAGGGUGCCAAGCCCCAGCUCACGGUUACACUGCCACCGCCAACUCCACGCUCAACCAAAGGCCCUGAUAUGCUGCAGCCAUGGCUAGAAAACCACCACAACUUUGCAGGAGGCUUUGGUGGCCUCUAAUCUGUCCGGAUUGGGUUCUAAAAGUUUACCUCGAAAGCUGAUGCCCACAGCACUGCCCCCCCAACUCAAAAAUUAUCAAAAGGAUUACAGAAAAAAAAAACACAAACUGUGUUAAAUACAACAGAACAAGACAUAGCAAAGGACAAUCGAUAGAAAGGUGGAGCCAUAAUCGACGCGUUUGAGCUCCAGAAGUCCAGCGGCAAACUCCCAACACAGUUCUAUCGGACUUUUACUUUUUAAUACAAGUCUUGUUGAAGGGUGGCGCAAAGCAUUUUAUUCCCCGUCCUCCGUCUUUAUUCCCAGCAUGGACCUGACCGGCAUCAUGUCCUCUGUCAAAGGGCAAACUGAACGCGUUUAUUCUUUAUUCCUGCACCAAAAUGCAUUAAAGUUUGAGUAGGUCAACCUUUCAAGGAGGCAUUAUCGGUAUAAACUUUGUGCUUGUGCACGUCUAUGACCCCCUAAGGAAGUGUAUUUUAUUUAGUUUACAGAUUAGAGGGCAGCAGGGACACAGUAAUGUCAGGUUUUUUUUGUUCCUGCUGAUUCCUUGAGGCGAUCUGGGAUGAAAAGGAGCGACUGGACUUAUCGAACACUGAAGAAUCCAAGAGACGUUUAAAACUUCACAACAUACUUAGAUAACUUUAAUAAUCGUUUUGUCCUUUCUCUUUCGUGGUACAACUUCAGUCUAAAGCCAAUAAAAGAUUUAAGUAUUUUUUUGAGGACCUACCUCAGGCCAUUAAGGCUCUCUUGAUGCUCCGUGAGGAGGAUCCCGUUGUGCUCUGCAUGAGAACGUGGAAAACCACUCAAUCAACACCCGGCUUUUCCUGACUAUUUUCAACCCACAGCCUCUCUACAGUCUGGACGCCCCUCCAUUUACCAGCUUAGUCGUCCACUUUGACGAUGCCUGGCCGGCUUUGUGCUCGGUCAAAUACCUUCAGGACCUAAAAUGCUUCAUCGCAUGAAACAAGUAGCCCAGUUCCUCCUUAAUAUUCACCUAAGGACAGCAUCAAGAACCUGCAAAGGUCUUGCAUCUGCUUUCUGGUUGAUUUUAUUAUUAUUAUUAUUAUUAUUAUUAUUAUUAUUAUUAUUAUGUCUAAGUAUGAUCUUCAUCCAGUGUGAAGUAGGUCUUAGGAGAAAAUAUUUAGUAACAAAACCUUGAUCGCUAAUGUCUUAUAUUAUCACAAAUGAAAAGCUUUUAUCACUGAAGAAAAUCCAACAGUCCGCAUUUGUUUAGCUGGUUUGCUAACAAACACUUCCAAAGGAGGUAUAAAAAAAACCCCUUUUGCUAGGAGGGAAUGGUACGGAAGAAUGAAGUGAAACCUGUCAGUCUACGCUCUCCUGUGAAAAAUGAAAGCCGUGUUCAGUGUUUAGAAAACGCCUCACGCUGGGCCUUGAUACAGAGCGUGAUGCCGGUUGGCUCCUUUUUAGACGACGCUUUGCUUCAGACGUAUUCCUCAACAUACAAACGUAUAGAAAAAGUCACAACAGCCUAUUUUUUAUGUGCUGUACUUACAGAUGAGAACUGAAAAGGUCUUUCUUUCUUUCCCUCUUCGCCUGACUUUAAGCCCGCAUUCCUGAUUGUCUUGAUUUCUUCUGCCAGGCCUUCUUGUGAAGCCAAUGUGAAACCUGUAUCUCCCUCAUUUGACUCAGUGGAAGUGUGAUGUUUACAUGUACAGAUUUCUGCAAAUCUCCCUGGCUUGAUUUUUAAUUUAAUUUAAUUUAAUUUAAUUUUUUAUUUGCUUCCUUCCCCCUCCUCCGUCCAUCUGCCCAUCCUUUACACCGAAGGGAAAGGUGACUUGGUUUAAAACGCCACAAUCAGCAUCUUGGCUGCGCACCUGCUAAACGUGCAGAGACGCCACCCAGCGGACGCUGAUCUUAUCUGGGGUUGAAAUGUGUGUCGGUUUGUCUCCGAGGGCGGGUGGGCACAGAAUCACAGCGGGGGGGCCGAAGAGAUUCCCCCCCAUGCUGGUGUAACCCAGUCCAGAGGAGAGAACGAAUUCCUCAGCGAAUGAUAAGCCAUUACAGACCCUGCGUGUCGGGUCUUUUAGUCUAUUAGUAUAUUUAGCAGAACUUUAAAAAAAAAAAACCUCAACCUCAGGAAGACAUUUUUUUGUAAAAACAAACCCCACUGAAGGCCCAUUUCCCUGUCUCUUUGAUACCAUAUAAAUAAUAUCAAAACUUCUUUUUAUAUUUAUUGUGUUUAUUAUAUUUACCAGUGGAUACCCUUUUUUUUCCCCUCCCAGUACCCGUGCUUGAAUAUUUGGAUUCUCUAGACAAAAGCCUUGAUAUAAAACACAUGAAGGGGGGAAAAAAUAAAAAUAAAAACUGGGUGUAUUUGUUUUUUUGUUUUUCUCCUAACUGCCUUGGAGAGGUUCGUUUUGCCCAGAAACGAGAACAUAUCACUCUGGUCCAUGAUGACGAAAAAAAAAAGAAACAAUGUUUUAAAAAAAAAAAAAGAGAAACUUUACUUUGUGUGAUGUCAUUGCUAAGGCUGAAAUGUUCCUGGACUUGAAAGAUUUGUGACCGUUUUAAGUUUGUUCAUUUUGUUUUUGCUCCGUUUCCUCCUGAGCUGUACGUCACAAAGCUAAAUAUACUAAUAAAACUGUGUGCUAAUUAUA